AUGAGCGCCCCAAAGCAGAAGAGCUCGAGCAAGGACCGAGCACCAAAGUCCAGGAAAGAGGCGGGGAAAAGCCGGAUAGCUCCAUCUACAACAAGCAGUUCCAGGUCAUCAAGACAAGUGCCCUUCAGCCAUAGUAGAACAACUUCCGCAAACAGCGCAGUCUCAGCGGUGUCACGAGGGCGAACGAAACCCAUCACUGUCGAGGAGCAGCAAUCGCGCCCGAUUACAGCUCCAGAGGGACCUGCCCCUACCUUCGGGGCACAGCAUCCAACAGGUGCCAUUCCUCCGUUGCCAAACGUCGUCAACGUACCAUCGCCUCUGAUACGUGCCGAAACGACUCCCGCCCCGUUGCGACCGAACGACGUCCAGCCGCCUCUGACACGCCAGGUGACCUUUGACAAUAUUCUACAGUCCCCGGAUGACUCGACUGGAAACACAGUCCACAGCGCCGAGCUUGCUGCAUUCGGAGGUCAGUCCCGUUCAUUCCAGCGGCCUCCAUCCGUAAGGGAGCCAGCAUACAAGUCGAAGCGCCCACCCCCUAUUGCUAGCAACCUUACCUUGCCCAACAAUCCCCAACAAUCGAAAUCGCCCUCCCCUUCAUCGUCCCGAAGCUUGGGACGAACAUUGACGCAAAAGCUUUUUGGGCGCCGACCGUCGAAUGGUCGUCGUUCUAUGGUAAGGGCUGCUCUGAGUGACGAACCCGAACCGAUCCCAGUCCCUCCAAUGCCUUCAUCAGUUCCUUCAUCAGCAGUGGAACCUCCGACCCGGCCGAGUCGCUCCCCAGAACCACUUUCUGCGCCGCCAUUUGCACCUCCACCACGACCUUCCCGGUCUCCCGAACCGGCCUUGAUUCCCAGCGUUUCGAGUUCUGGACCGCUGUCGCCACCCGAGAUUAUCUCAGAGGAGGCUGAACAAGCCCGAAAAGCAUCACUUGCUGCUCUGGGCGGGGAGGAUACGAAGGACAGUGCCGCCCGUUCAUCGGACCCUGACGUGGAAGAGCCGAAAACGCAGUCCGAGGCCAAAGGGCCGCAGCAGCAAUUUGACUUCAACCUGGGCUCGCCUGGCGAGACUGAUGGACCUGCACCUCCAGUCUUAGCAAGUGCCGCGCCGACUUCGAAAAAGCCAACGGAGCCAGCAAGGAACCAGCAGGGGGAGGAGAACGCAGGGAUAAAGCGAGCAUCUCUAGACUCAGUGUCCUCGUACGGAUCAAUUGGAUUUACCGAAAGGACUUUUAGUUCAAGGUCCAGUCCGCCGCCACCCGAAGAAUCACGAAAAGUAUCGGACGCUGGACCAAAAGUCGAUAUGGAAGAGAGCAUGCUCGAGAUGCCUGCGCCUCUACGACCCCGGAUAGCCGAAGCAGCUGCAGAUUCACCGACAGACCCACUCUAUUCAGACGGGCUUCUGUCCCCAAUCCUGAAUAAUGACAAGGACAGAACUUCGGCGGACUCUUCGAUCGAUGCACAGGUUGUGCCACCGACCAACAAUGACAAGACCUUGUCUUCAGAUCAUGAGGAUUCGGCAGUACCCGCGCCAUUAUUUCGGCCACGUAAAAGCUCGCUGGCUAGCAGCAAUGCACCGCUCUUCCAGCGACCUGCCGCACUGGAGGAGCCUGUGCCGAGCCCUCGAUUCGACCUGAGCAACCCAGCAGAUAUCGCCCCGCCUGCACUUAGGCCACGCAAGGACUCGAUGGCCAGCGUUGGAGGGCGUCGUGCCGGAUCUAAAGGGACUUGUCGGGGCUGUUCGCAACCGAUACUGGCUAUGCAGAAAUCCGUAUCGAGUGCGGAUGGGCGGCUUAGUGGCAAAUACCACAAGGAAUGCUUUGUGUGCCGGACGUGCAAAGAACCUUUUGCCACGGCGGAAUUUUACGUCCACGAUGAUCACCCAUAUUGCGGGCACCACUAUCACAAGAUGUGCGAUUCGCUGUGCGCCACGUGCGGCAAAGGCAUCGAGGGACUGUAUAUGGAGACGGCUAACGUAGCUGGGCGAGGCAAGGAGAAACACCACCCAGCGUGUUUGAAGUGUGCAACAUGUCGAGUGCAAUUGACGAAUGAUUACUUUGAGUUGUCGGGGAAGGUGUACUGCGAAAGGGAUGCGUUCCGGCUGGCGAGCCACCCCCGGGUACACAGCAGAGGACCAGCACGACCGAGUCCGCUUGUACGCGAGUACAUCAGGAGCGGCGACCCAGGAGCGAUCAAGGGAAGCAAUUUUCCAGAGCGUCGAACCAACCGACCAAGGCUGGACGUUCGAUAA